UUUAAGGAACGUAUACACAAAAUAGAGCAUAUUAUUUUGAAAAAAUCAGCUGUGAGUGAUAUUUCGGAGCUUAGAGCACAAAAAGAAAUAACGUGGACGAUAAUAUCUGUAAUUCUCGACUGCUGCUCUCCGUUUUUUCUUUUACAUUUUAAGUUAAAGCCAAUGCUGCCGCGGACAGAGUGUCUUCUUGUCUUUCAUCAAGGAUUACGUGCAUCCUGUAGAUAUUUUAUCGGCUGUUAAAAUACUUAAAUAAAUCUGAUUCAUCUCUUACCAAAUAUUUUGUUCGUAAUUUCAGUGAAAAGUGCGUGGUUUUGAAGUCGUGUCAUUUCGGAGCAGAGGUACAGAAAAAAAAAAUCACGAAAAGGUGUGGUGGUGGUAGCUAAGUGUGUGUAUACAUAUAUAUGCACAAUAUAUUAUAUACUGCAGUGUGUAGUGUUCAAGUACAAUAUCAGCGUCAGUGCCCUCGUCACUUUUGACAGCAACAAUUAUAAACGUUAUUAAUUGAUUGAUUCAUUAUUUAAUUAAAUACGUCAGCUUAAUCUCGAGGCAACACACUUGUAAAGAUAAAAACAAUCAGCUGGUUUCAAAUAGUGGCAAGAAGAAAAAGUGAUAUUAAAAUACAUCAGUCGUGAUCCCCUUGCAGAUCCACGUUAGAGGGAUACCGAAGAGAGAAAGAGAGAGAGUUUGCCGUUGCAUCGCAGCGAGCCGAAGCUGAAAAAUUUUCCAGGAGCAUUUCCAUGACAGGCAGCCUUAUGAGGACCUCGCAAAAAAAGUCUUUUUACGUCAAGACGCUGUUCAAUUACGACCCGAACAAGGACGACGGGCUGCCGUCGCACGGACUGGCGUUCAGCUACGGGGAGAUACUGCACGUGACCAAUGCCUCGGACGACGAGUGGUGGCAGGCCCGCAAGGUCACGGCCCUCGGCGAACAGGAGGCCCUCGGCAUCAUACCGUCCCGCAAGCGCUGGGAGCGCAAACAGAAGGCUCGUGACCGCCAGGUCAAGUUUCAAGGACACAUGCCCGUUAUCCUCGAUAAGCAGCAGUCGACCCUCGAGAGGAAGAAGAAGAAUUUCCCGUUCGGACGGACUUUGCCGUUCUCCAAGCACAAAGACGGCAAGUCCGAGGAGGGCUCCGUGCAAGACCAGAUAACAAACGAGAACAAGAGCAAGAACGCCGAUGGCGAGGAGAGCGUCUUGUCCUACGAAGCCGUCCAGCGGGUGACCAUACAGUAUACACGGCCGAUUAUAAUUGUCGGUCCACUCAAGGAUCGUAUCAACGAGGAUCUCAUCUCCGAGUUCCCCGACAGAUUCGACAGCUGCAUACCACAUACAACAAGGAGUAAGAGAGAAUACGAGGUGGACGGUCGAGACUAUCAUUUCGUUGCAUCGCGCGAACAAAUGGAAAGAGACAUACAAAACAAUCUUUUUAUUGAAGCCGGACAGUACAACGAUAAUAUUUACGGGACGGCGCUUGCGUCAGUGCGAGAAGUCGCUGAAAAGGGAAAACAUUGUAUUUUGGACGUAAGUGGAAAUGCCAUUAAACGACUGCAAGUGGCGCAGCUGUAUCCCAUCACUAUUUACAUCAAACCCAAGUCGGUCGAGUCUAUCAUGGAGAUGAAUAAAAGAAUGACCGAGGAAGAAGCUAAAAAAGUUUUUGACAGAGCUGUAAAGGUCGAACAGGAAUUUGGAGAAUAUUUUACAGCAAUUGUACAAGGCGAUACACCCGAAGAUAUAUACUCAAUGGUAAAAAAAGUCAUAGCCGAGAACUCGGGCCCGACGAUUUGGAUUCCUUGUCGAGAGCAACAGUUGUGACCUCCUCUAUCCCCCAGUAAUUCACUCUAUAAUUAAAAUAGGAUAAUUCGUUUAUCGUGCCUUUGAAAAAAUAAUUUUAGAUCUGAAAUGGAAUAAAAAGAUGUAUCGUGGUUAAGUGUUAUCACUGUAAUCGUCUCUCGUCGCAUCUGUUCUCUUAGCAUCUUUCUCACUAUUUUUAUUUCAUUACUUUUUGGGAGUUCAUGAUUUUCAUCUCUUGUCAAUAGUUACCUAUGAAUAACAACAGCUGCGUUCUAGUUGCAUUCCUGUGCCAAAUGCGGUUUUCUUGAACGCCUCCAUUGUAACAGUAUUGACAGCGACCCUUUAGGUGUCGUUGGCAAAACAACAAAGAAAAAAGAACAUUUUGAAAAAUAAUAGUAUUUGCAUAAUUCAAUGCUUACUUAACU